CCUGUGAUAGUAAAGCUAGAGACAUCAUUGUAAUGGUAGAGGAUACAAAGAGACCGACUCACAGUCAAACUGCCGCUGAACUAUUAGCAAAGCAAUUUGUGUCUGGUGACAGUGAAGUUAGGUUACUGUAUUUCAAAGGGGAACCUAGAAUACACAAAUUUCCUCUUAUACAUCGACUUCUGGAAAUACGUGAAAAGUAUAUGAUUGGCUACGACGCAAUUAAUUCCGACUGUACUUAUAAAACCAUGACUCGUAAUUUACUUCCGUCUUUACAAUUUUCAAAUAAAAAAACGAAAGCUAUCAUAUUCAUAGAAGAUAGCAUAGAGUCAUCUACUGUCGCUAAGAUCAUGUUUUCAAAUAUAUCUAGUCGAGCAUUUGAAAUUUAUCGUGUCAUUAAAAACUUCAGUUACUCAAUUGACAAUAAAAGAACAUAUGAGUUUGUGAAUGAUGUACGCAUCUCCAGAUGGAAUUCAUUACACGCUGUAGGAUAUAGGCUUUUCCCAGAAAUAUGCAAAGAAGCGUCAUAUGUGCCAUGUGCAGGUGGAUUUAGAUGUUAUUCCAGUAAGCAAUGUAUACCGCUGAACCAAGUAUGUGACGGAAUAGCUCAAUGUAUCAAUCGGGACGAUGAACACAUGUGCGAUUUUGAAUGUCAUAAAAAAUGCAAGUGUGGAGACGGUUCUGUUGAAUGUCGAGAAGCUAAUUUAACUAUUUCAGAAAUACGUGCUCUGUCAAGAAGAACCCGAAGCGCAGACCUAAGUCAUAACAUUAGAAUCAAUGAUGUUUUAUCAAAGGAAAAUCUUCAUUUUCCUUUCAUGUUGAAUUUAGAUGUCUCAUAUUGUAAUAUAGAAGUUAUAAGCAAUAUUGCAUUUUCAGACAUAAAUAAUUUAUUGAAACUCAACUUGAGCUACAAUAUAAUAAAACAACUUACGAAUAAUGUGUUUGGAGAUCUUCGUCAUCUCGUCGAGCUAGAUCUCGAUGGAAAUUCCGAAUUAAUGGAGAUAUCUUCUUUAGCAUUUCAAGGUUUACAAAGUAUCAAAGCAUUAAGAAUAUCGGGAACUAAACUGAAGAAAAUUUCAACAUUAACAUUCUCAAAUUUGAAGUUGCAAAGUAUUGACAUAUCAAACAAUGACAUUCGUGAAAUUGAAAAUUACGCAUUUAGCAAUACAUCUGUUAAUAUGAUUAACUUUGAAGGUAACAAAAUAAUCAAAUUUCAUGAGUUCAUUUUUAAAGAUGUUUUUUCACUAAACGAAUUACGUACACCGGCGUUCAAAUUUUGCUGUAUACGUCCGUGUAACGUCAAAGAAAGAAAUUGUUAUCCUCCAAAAAAUGAGUUUUCUUCUUGCGCUGACCUAAUGAGACAUCCAAUUCUGCAGGCUGUUUUAUGGCUGGUUGGGCUAGCUUCAUUAUUCGGAAAUCUCGGAUCAAUUGUUUAUCGAAUUGUGUACGACAGACAAAGACUAAAGAUAGGUUAUGGAAUAUUUGUGACGAAUUUGGCAUCCGCUGAUUUCUUAAUGGGAAUAUAUCUUAUUGUGAUAGCAUGUGUUGAUUCAAUUUAUCGAAGCAGGUAUAUUUACAUGGAUGACGAAUGGAGAAACAGCAUUUGGUGUACCCUGACCGGAUUCUUGUCAACAGUUUCUUCUGAAGCAAGCGUCUUCUUCUUGUGCCUUAUAACAAUUGAUAGACUUCUUGUAAUCAAAUAUCCUUUUGGACACGUAAGGUUUACACCAAAGAGUGCGAAUAUUUGCUGUUGCAUUAGCUGGGUAAUUGCAACUACUCUAGCGGCUAUUCCUAUUUUUCACACAAGCUAUUUCAGAAACAGUUUCUACUCAAGAUCAGGAGUAUGCAUUGCAUUACCGUUGUCUCGUGAUAAGCCUCCGGGCUGGAUGUAUUCCGUGUCAAUAUUUGUCGGGUUAAAUUUCGGAACCUUUAUCCUUGUUGCAUUUGGUCAGUUGUCAAUCUUCUUGGAACUUCGAAAAUCUAGCAUGGGUGGCAAGAAAACACUGAAAUCAAGAAAAAGGGAUCUGCAAGUAGCAAAAAAUCUGAUCCUUGUGGCAACAACCGAUUUUCUUUGCUGGUUUCCGAUUGGACUAAUGGGAAUUAUGUCAUUGAGUGGAUACUCAAUCUCUGGUGAUGUUUAUGCAUGGACAGCAGUGUUCAUACUUCCUUUGAACUCGGCGUUGAAUCCAUUUCUAUACACACUUUCGGCUAUAAUUAGGAAAAAGACUUUUAAUCCAAGUACAAAGGAGCAGAGCAGGACUGAAAUUGAGAGAGAAAGAGGUUCAGCUAUCUUGCAGUACACAGAUUUUAGGCGAUCGGUUAGCACUAAACGAGAAAUUUUGCCAGGUGGAAAGACAAGAAGGAUCAAGGAUGUUCUUGAUGAAAACAUGCCUGUAACAAGUGUAACUGCGAUAUCUUAUCAACUUGCCAACUAUCUGAGUCUUCUACAUAAUUCAACUAUUACCGUUGAGAAUCUUUCAGAAACAAACACUUUCAUCCGAUACAGAAACAAAAAGGCAAAAAGACCAUUUAUUGUUCUGGAUACGAAAAUGACACUUGUGGACGACGAUAAAAAGAAAGCGGAUAAUAUAUAUCAAUAUGGAUGUCUUCUUCGAAAGAUGAUCGCAAGGUGCAAAUCGAAAGAAUAAACGUUUCCGAACAAGUUAAAAAUACAAAAUUGUGUGUACAUUGUUUCUAAGGAAAAUAUAUUCGUAUAACAUGAAAAGGUGUUUUGAAUGAAGUAUAGAAAUAUAAGUUAUAUUGAAGAUUUAGGAAAUGACAUAAAUUACCUUUUCUAACAAAUUAAAUGAAACUUACAUUACGUGUGCGAGCCAUCAAGACAUGUUAUAUAAUACAGACAACAGAUGUAUUGUUGUAAUAAAUGUAGUUAGUAUUGUUUUUUGGUAUAUAUUUGAUUAUUGUAAACAUGAUACCAUGUUGUUGUGGGUAAUUAUUAAUAGUGUAUCGUGUUCUUUUAUUAACAAUGUAAUCAUUACUAGAUGAUGGUGUCAUUGACGUUUAACUUUGAUUAUAGUUCAAGAUAGUCUUUUAGGUGUCGUUAUUUUGUUCAUUUUAUAGUUAUCGUUUAUUUUUUCCGUUUCUCUAAGAUAUAUAUUCGCCUAUUUAAUGUUAGUAUUUACGUACAUUUGUGAUUGGAUUUUUUGAAAUAUAAAUUUAUUUAAUAGUUUUGUAAUAUUAUGUUGUCUGUGUAUAUUUGAUUUUGAUUUUUUUUUGUUGUUUAUAUGAAAAAUUUAAAGGAAAAUUUUGAUGCCAUUUUAUUGUCGCUGUAUAAAAUAAGGGUCACUUGAAUUAGUGAGUAUUUGUUUUUAGUCUUGGUUCGUUUCUUUAAAGUUUUACAGUCUCUUUUUUUUAUAGUAAAACACUUUUAGGUUUUCUAUCUGAUCCUGAUAUUGGUUUAAUAGGUUAAAUAAAUGUAAAUUAAGGUCGUUGAUUUCAAACCACUUGCCCCUCACUGCUCUUGGUUCGAAUCCCGACAGGGACUUUGGAUUCCUUCAUGUGAGGAAUCUAUCCAGCUAGCUUACGGAACAUCGGUGGUUCUACUUAGGUGCCCGUUCGUGCCUGAAAUAAUGCACGGAGGGGCACAGGAGGUCUUCCUCCACCAAUAGAGCUGGAACGUCGCCAAAUGACCUAGUGUCGGUGUGUCGUAAAACACAAAAUAUCGACUCAAAGUUUACAAUUUUAGGGCAGAUAAUUCAAAGUAAGCUCGAUGACCUGCUUUGUGUCCGCUUAAAAUGUUUCUGUUUUUUUUUUUAUAUAUAUACGUAUAUUCUAAGAUCAUAUCAUGUUUAAACAAUCUCUUUUAUACAGCUUUAAUUUUUUAUCAUUAUUGCAUGUCCCUAUAAUAAUCUUAUUAUGUUUUGUAAAUUAGUUAUAUUUUAUUGGGCAUACAAAAUUGCGAUUUGAUAAAUAUACUCUGCUUACUGAUGUAAAUAUUUUACCCGAGUCUCCUCCGACACUCAAGCUUGAAACUCAUCAUGUGAUUCUGACUUAAAACCCAACACAGCUACAUACUUGGCUGUCUGUUGUCCAUCGCUAGUCCACCAUUCACAAUUGUUUAAAAAUAAAAUUUUCUUUUUUAUCACAUAGAAUCAAUUUAUUAAACUCACCUAUAUUUCUUGAAUGAGGCUCUGGCAAAGUGUUUCGAAAAAUGAUUCCGGUUUAUUGCAGUUCUGGGUCACAGACAAUAAAAAUGGAUUUUGUAAUUGAUGCGUUUGAAACCCACAAGACAUAAAGCUUAACUAACUAUGUUUCUUUAGCUUUAUAGUUUGUUUACAUAUUAAACCUAGAGUUGACGCUGACGUCACACGAUGGUCGCUUAAACUUACACAGUCUUAUACCUCUUGUCAAUAACGGGAAGGCCAAGAGCUUAGAUAUGUCGAAUGUAUUAUUGCGCAGUAGACCACUACCACUAGUUUAUUUACACAAACUUAGCAUAACCUUUUUAUUUUUUUAAAUAGAAUAAAUAUAGUACUGUCUUUUGUGAAGCAAUGUGUAGUAGAUCACUUUUGUUUAGUCCAUGAGGUCAAAGUUUGCCUCGCCCUUAUGACAUUUCAUCCUACAUUGGCUUAUUAAGGGAAAAUCUAACAAUCUUCUUCUUGCAAAGAUAGAGGGUAAAAAUUAAGACAUCUGGUGUUGACAUUGUCUAGCAAACUCGUAUUUAUUUUACUCAAAUACAGUGGAUUUCAUCUCAGCGAUUUAUUGCAAUGAUGCUGUCUUGUCUCCUUAUAUUCAAUUUUGAUGAACAAGACAUUUUUUAUCAAAUUGUUUUUAGGUACAAAUUUUUUAUUGUUGUGGUAAUAUUUCUUAUUGUGUCCAUAGAUUUUUAUAUAAAAUUCUUUACAAUGCUUUCUGUAUAUAAAGAUAUUGUUGU